AUGAGAAUCAAUACCCUUAUACUAUCUGCUGCUUUAGCUGCUGCUGCACCUGCUUCAGUCGAUGAUGCUGAAUUAUCUGCUAUUCUUAACUCAGUCCAAACUGCAACCGCAUCAGAUGCUGUUUUAGGUGAUGGAAUCGAAUCAGCUACUUUGCAAAAUACCAAUACAGCUGCAGGAACAGCUACAGGUACAGCUACUGCUACUGCCGGUACAACUACAACGUCAGACUCACUUGGGGGAUUAGUUGAUGGAUUACUUGGAGGAGGUGAAGCAAGUGGAACAAGCCAAACUCAAGCUGCUACUACUCAACCAAAUUUGUUAGCUUCUGGUGCUUCAACUGGUAAGACUUCUACAGGAACUGGUGAUGAUUUGCUUGGAGAUCUUUUUGGAACUGGCUCAGGUUCAGCCACUGAUGGAGCUGCUAGUAAGGCCGUCACUACAACAUCUACCGGCCAAUCAACAGCAACAACAGAAGGGUUCCUUGAUGGAUUGUUAGGUGGUUUAUUUGGAGGCAAUUCUGCUACCACUGGCACCACAACUACAAGUACCACCAGCAGCGAUUCAACAUCAACUGGAAGCGGCUCAUUAGGUGACUUGUUUGAUGACUUCUUUGGUUCAAGCUCAGAAAACACCACCACCACAUCACCAACUUCAACUUCAACCGGUGGCUCUCUACUCGGUGACAUCUUUGACGAUUUGUUUGGCGGUUCUGAUUCCAAUACAACAGACUCAUCAUCAUCAUCAACGACAUCUACAUCUACAUCUAGCACUGGAUCAUUCAUUGAUGACAUCCUUGACGCUAUUUUUGGUGAUUCUAAUUCCACUUCAUCAACUUCUACAGGAUCUACCUCAGGAAGUGGAGACUUGAUUACUGAUCUUUUAGGGCUUGGAGAGGAGAUCUUUGAUGACUUGUUUGAUGGCAACUCAACGUUGUUUUCCGGAGAAAGUAUUAUUGGUUCAUUGUUAGGUUUUGCUGGUGAAAUCUUUGAUGAUUUAUUCGAUAGCAAUUCUUCAUCUUCAUCGGGUGGAUCAUCAGGUUCAUUCUUUAGCAGCUUGUUAAGCUCAUUAUUUGGUGGUUCAUCUAGUUCAUCAAGCGGUAGUGGAUCAUCAUUCAGCUUUUCCGAUCUUCUUUCGGAUGUUUUCACAACUUUAUUCAGUUCUAUCUUUGGUGGUUCAAACGGUGCAAGUAAAGGUCAAUGUACAGCAAAGAGAUCCUUAAAGAGAAGCUUGUCAGAACAGAAAGAGAUCAAAAAACUUGUUAGAAAGAGCGUCAACAGAGUCAUUGCUAGAAGAAAAGCUGAAUUUGCUCAAAAGGCAAAGAGAGCAGAAACUUUAUCUGACUUGCCUUAUGUUAACCUCAUGUAA